GCUUAUUAAUAGUUAGUAAGGUAGUUGUUAGGUUUAGGUAUUGGGUAGGAUUAGGGAUGUAGAGUAUGGUCGUGCAGAAUAUGUGCUUUAUUAACAAACUAAUAAACAGCCAAUAUGCCAAUAAUAGGCAUGCUAAUAACAACUAGUUAAUAGUGAGAAUUGCCCCCUAUACUGAAGUGUUACCAAAAGUCAUAUUCAGUCAGGAUGCCUUGAGAGAGAGAGAGAGAGAUAUGACAUGUUUUAUGUCUAAUGCUUGAUAGUUAUGUCACUAUACAAUCAUGCGAUAAAAGUACUUUAGACAGAGAGAGAGAGUUGAGUGACACACAACAUUCAACAUUCUCUCUCUCUCUGCUGGUGCCCGCUGUACCCACACUGGCAGCGGAGUGGCUGAUGGCUGCGGGCGACUCUUGCCAACUCACGGCCUAUUGAGAUGCAGUCUGAUGGACACAAAUGCAAACGACAGACUUGCUGUCUCAACAGCAAUCCUCUGCCAACCCAUUUCUGCUGCUGUGGACAGAUUUAAAGCAUAAAUACCCCCCGGGUCCCUGCGCUCGCCCGGCACACCCACAUCUCCACACAAACGGGCACACGCUGAAGGAGAGUGGCGGGUGAGAAGUGCUGGACGGAGAUACAGGCCGAGAUGUCGGAUCAGCAGGGAGUUCCGGAUCAGCAGAUGGCUGAGAAGAGUCAAGGUGGAGCCGGUGCCGUUUACAAGAUCUCACUGUACGAGUUCGAGAACUUCCGUGGGAAAAAGGUGGAGCUGUCAGCCGAAUGUAAGGAUCUGAUUGAGAAGAAUGUGGAAAAGGUCGGAUCACUUGUGGUGGAGUCUGGACCAUGGGUGGCGUUCGAGCAGAAAGGGUUGGCAGGAGAGCAGUUUGUUCUGGAGAAAGGAGAAUAUCCGCGCUGGAGCAGCUGGACUAACAGUCAGAACAGCUGCUGUUUUCUGUCCGUCAGACCUCUGAAAGUGGACAGCGCGGAUCAUAAGCUUCAUCUGUUUGAGAACUGCAGCUUCGCUGGGAGAAAGAUGGAAAUCGUGGACGACGAUAUUCCCAGUCUGUGGGUUCAUGGAUUUCAGGACCGUGUGGCCAGCGCUAAAGCUGUCAAUAGAACAUGGGUGGGCUACAUGUACCCUGGUUAUCGCGGGCGGCAGUUCGUCUUUGAACACGGUGAAUUUAAACACUGGAACGACUGGGGCGCCACAGAACCGCAGCUGCAGUCCGUCCGGCAGGUACGGGACAUGCAGUGGCACAAACGCGGCUGCUUCAUCGUGCCUGACCCGGCUCCCAAACCCCGCCCCUCCUGCCCCACCCACCACCGCUGUCAGCACCUGAAGGAGUCCGGCCCGCUCACAGAAAAACUGACCCGCCUCUCGUGUGUCUUUCACUGGAAAUAAAGGCCUUGACCCAAAUGCUUUGACCUCUGACCUUAACCUGC